AGUAAGUAAACGAAAACUUUCCAAGAGUUUAGCAAAAAAGGUAAGCUUUUUGUGAAUUUAUUUUCAUGGAUCAUAUAUUAUGAACAAUACACAGUUUAUUACAUUAUAUGGUUUUUCUAAUUCUUUUCUUAUUAACUAACUAUGAUGCUAAGGGUAGUUAAAAAUGGGUGGGAAUGAAACUAGAGAGCUUCCGAUCAUCAACCUUUCUGACAAGAACCUAAAACAGAACACAGAGCUUUGGAACUCGACGAGAGACAUUGUCCGUAAAGCCAUGGAACACCAUGGAUGGUUUGUGGCUGAGUACAACAACUUUCCCACGGAACUUCACCAGUCGAUUUUGGAGGCCGCUAAGGAACUACUCGAUCUUCCUCCCGAAAUCAAGAUAAAGAACGAGAACCACAAGGCCAGGCACGGCUACAUCACCAUGAUCUCCGAAGGUCAGCUCGUUCACGAAGGUAUUGGUAUUGACCAAGUCAACGAUGUCCAACAGUGCCGCCGAUUCACUCGUCUCAUGUGGUCUGAUGAUCAUCAUGACAACGACCGUUUCUGUGAAACUGUUCAUGCAUAUGCGAAAAUGCAAGCAGAACUGGAGCAACUGGUAAUAAAGAUGCUCUUCGAGAGCUAUAACGUGGAGAAGCAUGCAGAGGAAUACAUUGGAGGAACAAGGUACCUUCUUCGAUUGAUGAAUUACAAGAGACUCCCUAAUGGAGAACCCAACAAGAAGUUCAUUUCUCAUACGGACAAGAGCUUCAUCUCCAUUCUCCAUCAGAAUCAUAUCACAGGACUCAUAUUGAAAUCCGAGAAAGAGGAUGUUUGGUAUCCUUUUACUCCUUCACCAACUCGGUUUGUUGUUAUAGCAGGCGAUGCCAUCAUGGCGUGGAGCAACGACAGAAUCAAGGCGUGUUACCACAAGGUGGAGAUGGAAAGCGUGGAAAUGAGGUACUCGUUAGGGUUCUUUUCGUUCCAAAAAGGGAUGAUAUCGACACCGGAAGAAAUGGUGGAUAAGGACCAUCCUUUAGCGUACAAGCCCUUUCACCAUGAUGGACUUCUUGAGUAUUAUGAAACAUUGGGAGCUCAUCUCAAGGCUCAUCGUACCAUGACCAAGGCCUUUUGUGGCAUCCCACAAACCUGAUCAUUUUCCACCAAAAUUCAUCUUUCGUGAUCUUAUUAUAAUAAAAUGUCUGCCUUUAU